UGUUUAAAUUAUAGUGUUUUAUGAAAAACACCGUCCGAGUAAGAUAUUUAGAGAAGUUUCGUUCGAAAUUAGAUUAACAUUAGAGUCCACAAUGGGUAGCGGGCAGUCCGUCCGCGCCUCGCACUUCUCCCGACCGCCGGCGCCACCAACGGACGAACAGGACCCCCACAUCAGCAUCUCCAACAAAAUGGUAGAACGGCUUGUUGAAGAUGCUACUCUCACUGGUGGAGCGGCGGUAGCGCCGCCAGUGGCGCGCAAGCCACCACGGCAGGAUCUUAAGGAGAAGAUACUCACAGAAAAGAUGAAGUGUCUGGAUGAGACGCACUCGGAGAGGAGCAAAAUAACAGUAGAUGACAUCAACUCACUGGUGCGCCGCAUAGAGAUGCGGUCCUCUAACAUGCCGAGUAUGGAGCCCGUGUGUCCCGAUUACCAGCAGCGCAUAAUCGACUGCUACAAUGAGGGGGAGGCAGGAGGGGAUGUGGUGCAAUGUUGGAAUACCAUCGGUGAGUUUUCCCAGUGUGUAGCGGCGGCGGGCGCGGCCCGGUUACAAGCGCAGUCCCAGCUCGCAGCAACAGCGCCACGGCGACACAAUCUGCUUUCCGUGCGCGGCUUGUCGCCAUAACCAGUCUUCCAGAAGG